GUGCGUGUGCGUAUGUGUGACGGGAAACGGGUGUUUAAAACAUGGCCAACUGCGUGGCUUUCCAGAGCAAGUUGACCUCGAUCAUGGAGAUGCUCGCCAAGGCCGCCGUGGUGGAGAUCAGCAAGCUGUGGGAGGACGGCCUCGCGCUGGUGCAGCUCGAGCUCCGGCGGCGGGAGGGCGAGAUCGAAGCCCUGAGCAGGAGGCUCGCGAUGAUGGAGAGCGAGCGGCCCCCGGCUCCCUCGAAGCUUCCGCCCCCCGGAGACGGGCCGAUUAUCCACUCGGUGCAGACGUUGUUGUCCUCGUCGGAUCAGAGCGCCAGAGAGGCGACGGAGGCCCCGCCCCCAUCGCAGCCCGACGUGAAACGACGCGAGCCGCUCAGGUCUGACGACGAAGACCCGAUAUCGUCAAGCUGGAGGAGGACGAGGAGGACGAUGUCCAGAUCGUGGAGCGGAUGGAGGAGCCGGUGGAUCGCGGCGGCGUCGCCGACGGAGCGGGUCACCAGGAGAUGGAACUGGACCUCCGAGCCGCCGAGGAAGAACAGGAGAGCCGCCAUUGGUCGUCGGUUUCCGUGGGAGACGGCGACACAGACGACGACGACGACUCGGACUGCUUCUUUGAACCGAAGCAGCUGUCGCAAAACCUGGACUCGGAAAUCCUGCUCAUUCAGAACGCUUUGGACAUCUUUGACAGCUCAGCAGAGACGGCGUACUCUGACAGGUUGGCGAGGGACAGCGGAGCCGGCGCCUCCAGCAAGCCGAGGGCCCCCGUGACCCCCGGCCGACCUCAUCCCGGAGGAGCGUUGGACCCCCCGGAGGGAGGCGUGUCCAUCCGAUUCCUGGCGGAGAAACAGCCGCCAGCUAAAAACGACGCGGCGGCUUUCAACCCCGACGGCAGAUUCUUCCUCCUCAACGACGGCGGCGGCGAGGUGCAGAAGACGGCGACGGCGGGGGGCGGCGGCGGCGGCGAGCCGGCGCCUGAAGGAGAAGUGGUUCAUCUGCCCGUUCUGCGGCAAGAGCUUCGACCGCGUCAGCCACCUGGAGAUUCACCAGCGGAUCCACACGGGGGAGAAGCCGUACACGUGCGACACGUGCGGCAAGUGCUUCUCCCAGAGGAGCAACCUGCGCACGCACAUGCGGACGCACAAAGAGGCGCUUUCCCAGAGCGCUGGUUUGAUCCAGUAGGCGUCGGAGGCGUGAGCGAAGGCCCACAAGUGCCCGCGUGGGGUUGGACUAUCUAAAGUGACAUUUCUAGUUUUGAUAUUACCGUAAUGUAGCCCACUGAUUUCACUGCGCACUUCCUUUUAUUUUUCUGAGACGAAUCGUAACUUUUAACGUAGCUUUGAGUGUGAGGACUCACUUUGGUAUUAAAUCAGUUUUUUUAACUCUGCAGCCGGUCGAAGAGACGUCCGGCCUCAGCGGCGUGGCCCGAAUAAUGAAUAAUGAUGAGAGAGACGACCUGAGAGAGUCUACGCAGCGACCCGCAUCGUCUUGUUGAAACGAGUUCUGUCACCUGUGCGUUUCAUUCAAUGUAAAUUGUGUGGUAAAAUCCUUUAAAAAAAAAAAAAAAAGCGUUAAGUCAUCACCUGCAUUUCUAAAGCGCCGUGGUGGUUUUCUUCGAAGAACUCGACACGACAUGCAGACGUUCAUCCGUCACCCACUGAUAGGGGUCUAAUCGUCCAUCGAUUGAUUUGUUAUCUGCGAGGACCACGACAACAAAGCUCAUCUUAGCACUUUAAGAAUUAAACCGUUGCAUUCUGGGAGAAGAAGCCUGAGGCGUCCAUGCCUGGUGCACGCACACACACACACACACACUCACCAGCUUUGAGCGCAGCAGCCUUAAGUAAUAGUUGCAUCAUUUUGGGAAAAAGAUUGGUAUGAUGUUAGUUUCCAAACCACAGCCAGCAGCCACUUAGCUUAGCUUAGCUUAGCACAAGGACUGGAAACAGCUGUCCAGGUGAAGCUAGCCUCUCUGCGCCGGACAUGAAAACCCUUGAACGAGCGCAUUUCCCCAAAUGACUCUUUAAUCAUUAAAUACAGAGGUUUUAUGGAGGUCAUUGAACAC